GAGGGCUGCAUGGGUAGAGCAUCAAAUGGAUCUCAAAGAAUCACGCAUGUUCGAAGAGUUUCUGACAUGGGCAUUGCGCUACGUCCAAGCUUUAGUUUUGGAUGGUGACUCACGAAAAAUCGACAAGGGAUUCUGCAGCAAGUAAUCAAAGCGCCAAUGUUAAUUCUUGGACGUGAUCUUGGCACGAUAUCAUCUACCGAAACGUUUUUGAUGUUUAUUAAUGUUGAUUUGCAAGCCACAAUCCAUGUUAGUGCCGUUGCAAAGCCUGCAGUGCUUAGUACAAUCAGUCAGAUGCACAAACGAACACUGGAUACGAUGAGUAUGCUGAAACCUGCUGAUUCAUCUCAUCUUCACGAAUAAGUUUAACUGAAACAGAAUAGCUCAUGAGUGAGAAAAGAUUGGAUGAAAUCGAUACUUACGAUUGGAUCUGAUGUAUCUAACCAGCUUAUCGCAGUGUGAUUAGUCGUAGGAACUGAAACAAAUUACAUCGCGUGCUAAAAGUAGUGCUCCACCGUGAGCAAAUGCCUUCCUCAUCAAGUGGUAUUCCUACACGAUUGUAUACCAUCUGCAAUAGCAAUGCCAGGAUGGCAAAGUAGAGUCUUGUGAAGUAAAGAAUUCGAAUGGGGACAAGAUCGUCGGCAUCGGUCGUUUCAAGAUACGAAACCAUAUCUUGGCUUCGUGGCUGUGCUCAUUUGAAUGCAGCUGACAAAGAGCGAAAUCUCGAUCUUGGUUC